CACCGGAACAGUCAGAGCGCUGUGACCACCAGUGAGCUGGAACCUGCUCUGAACCCCACGCACACACGCACACACACGCGCGUGCGCGCACACACACACACACGCACACACACACACACACACACUGCUCUGCAACAUCUGCCACGUCGUCUCUUAUGGAGAGCGGAGCGGGGAGACGCAGUGUUGUUGUGCAGCAACAUGUCUACCUCUUUGGCUUCUCUUAUGGACCAGAUGAUGCUUUUGCUGCUCCACGUUUACAGUCUGAACGUUUAAACGGAGACUUUAAGGACCUUAAAAAACUCCGCGUGAGCGCUGCACAUUGAGCCUAAUUGCUACUACAAUGUCUCAGAGCAUCUGCGUGGAAAACUUAAAGGCAUGCUGCACAUUGAGGGUCGCGAGCGUGCGAGCAAGCUGAGACAGAUGGACACGAGCCCGACAAUACACUGGAGACGCUCUGUGUUGCUGAAUGGGUGACAAGCUCCGAGUCAUCUCACAACCCCUCUGAAGGCCCCCUCUCAUCGCAUUGUGCAGGACAGGGUCCCCCAGCAAAGUGGCAGUCAUGUACCAGGAGGUGGCCUUCCUGGCUGGUAGCACUGAGCACCAGUUCACCAGCUUCCACUUCAAACACAUGGAGAACCCGAAGGAGGUUUCAUCCAAGAAGGGUUUGUUCUACAAGCGAGCCCAGCUCCUGCUCCAGCCUCAGCCCCGCCAACAGGAUGGAGAUGAGAUUGGCCCGGCUGACGGGGCGGCCAUUAUCAACGUGGGGGGGAUAAAGUACCGCAUCCCCUGGUCCACGCUGGAGGAGUUCCCCCUGUCGCGACUGGGCAAGCUGCGCAGCUGCAGCAACGAGGCCGAGAUCAUGGACUUGUGCGACGACUACGACAGCAGCCGCAACGAGUAUUUCUUCGACCGAAGUCCUUCAGCUUUCCGCACAAUCGUCUCCUUCUUAGCGGCGGGGAAGCUGCGGCUGCUGAAGGAGAUGUGCGCCCUGUCCUUCCAGGAGGAGCUGCUGUACUGGGGGGUGGAGGAGAAAAACCUGGACUGGUGCUGCCUCAGGAAGCUGCGGCUCAGACAGGAGGAGUACAAGGAGCAGCAGAGGCUGGAGGAGGAGGAGGAGGAGGCCGAGCUCACGACGCCGCAGUCCUGCGAGGAGAGCCUGCAGUCGCCCGAAGCAGAGGCACCGGAAGAGACCCGUACGGGGGGAUGCAUGCGAAGACUGAGGGACAUGGUGGAGAACCCACACUCCGGCCUGCCGGGGAAGAUCUUCGCUUGCCUGUCAGUGUUAUUUGUAGCCAUCACUGCUGUGACGCUGUGUGUCAGCACCAUGCCAGACCUCAGAGAGGAGGAGGAGAGGGGUGAGUGCUCCCAGAGGUGCUAUAACAUCUUCGUGCUGGAGACCGUGUGCGUUGCCUGGUUCUCCCUGGAGUUCCUGCUGCGCUUCAUUCAGACGCAGAGCAAGUGCAUGUUCCUGCGUACGCCUCUGAACCUCAUCGACGUGGUGGCCAUCCUCCCUUACUACAUCACCCUCAUUGUGGACUCUCUGUCAGUGGGAGAGAAACCUGCGGGCUCAGGGAACAACUACCUGGAGAAGGUGGGGUUAGUUCUCCGAGUCCUGCGAGCUCUGCGGAUCUUUUACGUGAUGAGGUUGGCUCGUCAUUCCUUGGGCUUACAGACGCUCGGUCUGACGGUGAGGAGGUGCACGCGGGAGUUCGGCCUGUUGCUGCUGUUCCUUUGCGUGGCCAUGGCUCUUUUCUCCCCACUGGUGUUCCUAGCUGAGAGCGAGUUGGGCGCCAAGCAGGAGUUCACGAGCAUCCCCGGCAGCUACUGGUGGGCCGUCAUCUCCAUGACCACGGUGGGCUAUGGCGACAUGGUGCCCAGAAGCAUCCCCGGCCAGGUGGUGGCGCUCAGCAGCAUCCUGAGCGGCAUCCUCCUCAUGGCCUUUCCCGUCACGUCCAUCUUUCACACCUUCUCUCGCUCCUACUUGGAGCUGAAGGAGGAACAGAUCCGGGCGCUGAGGCAGAAGCCGGACUCGCAGGACAGCACCAAGUCCCAGAACAGCGAAGACUCUCAGGAGACGGACAGCUACCACGGCAUCACGGAGGCCGCGGCCUCGUCCAUGCAGCGGAGGAAGUCCAUGGCUGCUCACAGGGCUGCGGAGAAUAGAGCGACCAUGAAAACUUAGCUGCUCACAGAUAGGCGUGUGUUUUAAAAUGGCAGCCUGGGAGGCCGUGACCCCCGGCGCUGGGACUUCCAAGUUGACAAGCUGCAGGAUUGUGAGCGGGGAGGAGAUCUGCUUCUCUGGAGAUUGAGGUCUCGGCUUUGAUCGUGUGAAGCGCUUGUGCACCAGAGUGUAUCUGAGUGUCUUAAGUUUUACAGAGGAGCAGCAGAGGACUUUUCUUUCCCACACAUUUGACUUGAAAAGAUUGCCAACAGUAUAAUAUUCAUGAAUAAACAACCAGUCAAAUGAGUUUAAAAAUUGCGAUUCAGACUCGACACAAGUCUGAGCAAAAGGGAAAUCUAACCCAACAACAUCACACGCUGUUAUUCAGACCUCAAACUAAUAAUUCAUGUUCCUCAUGUGGCUGCAUUGGAGAGGAUCAUCUGAAUUAAAAGUGUUUGCUGAGACUUCAGACAUGCAGUUUAUUAUUGAUGUGCAAUAUCUUCUCCAUUUACUCUGUAUUGUAUUCGGCCAAUCCAAAUAACGUAUUGUUCCCGGGGCGGUGUUGUAUAAGGUUCACACGUGUACAUGAUGAUGUCAGCACAUUUAUCAAGCAAAUGAAUCUCCAGCAUGACAACACAAAACUAUCUAUCUGUCAAAGGGCUUCGCAGCCGGUUGGGAAGUUUUAUUCAUUAGUAAAUGAGAGGAUUGUUCCCACGCUUGAGCACACGCUGCUGAGUUCACUUUAUUCAAUUCAUGGUUUGACUUGUUGCCUUGUUAAAAAUGCCGAAGCUGUUUAAUGUGUUUGUCCAACGCUUUGGUGAAGAGCAAAACGCCAUUGCUAUGAAAUCUGGGCUGUGGUCGAAGAUGAUUUUUAAAGGUUUUUGCUGACAGCUUAUAUUUUAAUAUUGCAAAACCUUAAACUGUGUGAAACUGCACAGCUUUAGUAACAUUGUUGCCCAGUCCUCCACACACUUCUGGAAGCUUCUUAAGUGUUAUAAUAGUAAAUAACCAGCCAACGUUAGAAUCUUCUCACUUUUUGGAUAUUAUGUGUGAUGAAUAUCCUCGACACUAAAAGUGAAACGAGAGCUGGAGACGGUUCCCUGGUCACAUAUCGGGGUAAAGUGGAGCAAACAUCCAAAAGUAAUUAUUUCAGAGAAGCAGGCGACUCACCUUCAAACCCUGACGAGCAAAACAAACAUUUUCCCCAAAUUGUUGUCGAGCUGGAACUCAUGAAGUACGUCAGAUGCAUGUUUAAUCUUCCAACUCUGAAUCGUUUAAAAAGCUUGGAAAUAUUACACAGAACACUUAACACUAACAUAUCUACAAUAUCUAAGAAAUUAAAAUAUUGUUUUGAUGAGCGGAUUGUGAAAUGAGACAUCGUUUGAAUAAGAAAAUCCAACUUUAAUGGAUCUGUGCUUUGCGUCAUGAAUCCAUAGCCUGAGGAGCAGCCUCUUCUGAAAACUGUAAUAAAGAUUAUAAUG